CGACUUGUUUGCUCCCCGAGACUUCACUCGCGGUGGAUCUUGCGAGAAACGAGAAGCGGAAAGUCGCCGUGAGAUCGUGCGAUGACGUGUCGGAUGCAGCGAAUCCGCGUAACACCCAAGUAGAAGACGGAUCCCAACGUACAGAGUCACUGUUAAAUCCUGGUGCACCUUACAAUUCAGUUCGUCUUUGGUGUAUCGCGAUAAGAGAAAUCCAACAAACCUGCUUGCGUUAUGUGAGAAAUCGUAUCGUUGUUCGUUCUAACUGCUCUAAAAUAAUGUAAUAAAAUGGAUAGAUAUUUUGAUAGACAAUUGAUUAUUUUAUCUGAAAUAAAAUAGGAGACCAAACAAAAGAGAUGGACGAGAAAACUAUAGAUAUAUUAGCGAAGCAAAGCGUACGUGAGUACGUGCCGCUAAUAAAUAGGCAGGGAAGCCCGGCAUGCGGUUCCAAUCAGCGCGGAAUGCCCGUCUAGAGUAAUGCUGCGGGAAAAGAGUUGAGUCAGCAGCUCCUCUCCCUGUCGUGGUAGUCGCAGUGGAAUCGUGAAAGGAACCUGAACCUAUUUGAAGUGUAGCGUUAGCGUUACUCUAGCGUGAACGUGAGACUCGCGCGAGGACUCGUCGCAGUUGGUGCUAAGUGAUUUAUUGGAGGUAGUGGAGGUUGUCAAAUAUGGAUCAGCGAUGGAUCGUUAUCUAUGUAUUAAUAGCAUGCACACAUCUAUCUUAUCAGUUAUCAACUCCAGAUUCAUCAAGUUAUAUAGCAGCAGUAGUAGAAUAUCCUCCAAUAUAUGUGAAAGAUAACGCUGAAGCAACUUUGAGAGCAAAUACUGAUGCAUACAUCAAACACAUCAAUGCGGCUGGAAUCAAGAAUACAGAUAUAAUUGUUUUCCCUGAAGAUGGUUUGACAACAGUUCAUUUACCUAAAAGAGAAAAGAUGCAAGAUUGGGCAACCAUCAUUCCUGAUGCUUCAGACAAUUACACACCCUGCACUCAGAGUACCAUUGAAGUUAGCGAAACACUGAAGAGAAUAUCGUGUGCCGCAAAGGAGAAUCGAAUCUAUGUAGUGAUCAAUAUCGCGGAGAAACUGCCUUGUACUGAUGCCGGAUGCGCGGAGGACAAGAUGUUUUAUUACAACAGCAACGUUGUAUUUGAUCGUACGGGGAAGAUUAUCGCCAGGUAUCGCAAAACGAAUCUCUUUGUGGAGCCACAGUUUAAUGUGACAUCUAUACCAGAAAUAGUGAUUUUUAAGACUGAUUUUGGAGUAAACUUUGGCACCUUCAUAUGUUUCGACAUAUUGUUUCACGAGCCUGCAUUGCAAUUGACGAGACUUCGUCAGAUUACUGAUAUCGUGUAUCCUACAGCAUGGUUUUCUGAAGCACCAUUCUUAACGGCUGUGCAAACGCAAGCAGGAUGGUCGUUCGGCGAAGAUGUAAAUCUUUUAGCUUCUGGCUAUAACAGACCUGGAUCAGGCAAUACCGGCAGUGGAAUUUAUCUAGGUCGCAAAGGAAUAGGCAAGGCAGUAUUUGCAUCCACUACGCACGAAGAACUUUUGAUAUUUGAAGUACCUAAAAUAAAGGAGAAAACUAAGUGGAAUCGUCAUCAUGAUCAUUCGGAAGAUCAUGAUGAAAGCCUUUCAUCGCACAAGAAAGAGCAUGAUGAAUUGCGAAAGAAACGAGAAGACAACGGAAAUAACGACAAAGUAUUAUUGUUGCACGAUAACAUUCACGCCUUUGAGACAGUUCCUUUGGAAGGAAGCGUCAUGAAGAAUAUCUGUCAGAAUGGCUUUUGUUGCGAAUUUAAUGUGAACGUUACGACGGUAGACCCAAACACAAAAUAUCGCUUAGCGGUUUUCAGCGGUAACCGCCGUUACGUUGUCGUUGAAGCUGGAGUGCAAGCGUGCGGUGUGAUUCAAUGCUCAAAUGACUCAAUCGCGUCGUGUGGUUCGGUAGAAGAAUCGGAAACGAUGUUCGGCAACAUCGACAUCACGGCGACGUUCCACGAUUAUAAAAAUGUUUUGAUCAUGCCUUCCACGUUAACGCCAGACUUUCUUCCGUUGUCAAAUUGGAAGUACGAUGAACAUGUUCAUGAUGAUCACGUGCAUAUCAGCAUGUCCUUAAAUAAUAAUACGAACAAUCUAGUGACAUUUGGAAUAUAUGCGAGGAAUUUUAGCAAAAGUAGUUCAAGCCGAGUUUCUUUCGAUAUAAUUAAUUAUUUCAUUGCGUUAAUAAGCUUGUUAUUAUUAAGAUUCUAAUUUAUACAUUUUAUGUACACUAUACAGUACUUCUUUUUCCAAAAAUAUGUUAUAUACGUAUAUUGUUGUAUGGCACAUUUCAGAAGUACAUUUUCAGAGUUAAAGUUUUGAAAUUAUAUUUUUUUGUUAUAUAUGUCAGAUUUUAUUGUGCUUUAGAUUAAUAUAAGGAUCGACAUAUGUGAUAUCAAUUAUGUGAUUGUCAAUUGAAAUAAAACGAUAUACGACACUCGCGAAACUUCAGACGAUUAAACGCGCGUGCCAAAUAUUUUAUAGUAUGCUGUAACAACAAAUGUGAUGAUUGCUGUAAAAUUUUAUUUUUAGAAACUUUAUAGUGCUAAUAAAAAUGUCUUUCAUAAAAGGA